ACUCGUCACAUCACUAAUUCCGGUUAUAUCUUGGGAGUUGGGAGUACACGCAACAAUAUAGUUUGCUAAUUGCUCAGUUUAUUAAUAUAUUGCUUAUUAUGAGUUCCACCGACGUCGAUUCUGAUAACAUAGAAAAACUCUACAAAAACUUUGGAAUAUUAGCGGAUGCUAAGGAUAAGAUAAGUGAGCAUGAAAAGGAGUAUCUGGAGAUACUUGGUGCUGUCAAAGGAUCGGAUAAAGAAAAACGACUCGCAUCACAGUUCAUUGCAAGAUUCUUCAAGCAUUUCCCACACUUAGCUGACCAAGCAGUCGAAGCUCAGAUAGAUUUAUGUGAAGAUGAAGAACUAUCAAUUCGCAAGCAAGCCAUCAAGGACUUACCAAACCUCUGUAAGGACAAUAAACAACACACAAAGAAAAUCGCUGACAUCCUGGCGCAACUGCUGAUGGCCGAGGAGGCCACAGAGCUAGACGCUGUCCAACAAGCCCUCAUCACUCUCUUUAGAUUUGACGUCAAAGGUGCCCUUGAAGGAUUCUUUCAACAAAUUCUAACAGGGGAAGAAGCAGUCAGAGAGAGAUGCUUGAAAUUUUUAGUUCACUAUGUCAAAAAACUUGACUCAGAUGUUUUCAACAAAGAAGCUGAGGAUGUGCUUAUUGCCGAGUGUAAGAAGGUUUUACAGGACAACACCGCUGAUGAGUUUGACAUGGUGAUGGAUCUGCUGGGACUGACUCACCUCGCCAAGUCGGUCGUAGGACAGCGGGAGUUGGUGGAGAUUGUAGCGGAGCAAGUAGAACUAUCACAACCUUACAACCCCGCAGACGAGGAGCAGGUCGACAAACUGCUCCAUGGACUCAAACGAGCUUUGCCCUUCUUCUCGGCCCAGGUAGAUUCACAGAAGUUUGUCGAGUAUCUUUGUGAGCAGGUCCUUCCCACAAUGCCCGUCAUAUCAGCCUCAGACGAGAACUCGGCGAAUCAUUCGGAAAUCUUCAAAUUGCUGGCCGAGUUCUGUAGUCAUUGCAACACAAUCUCCAACCCAGAGACUCAUACAACCACGGUCUUGAAAAAACUUAUUGAGUACAUGCCACUGCCCCCCGCCACAGACGACAUACCAGAGCCUAACCUAGAGUACUCGUACGUAGAGUGUCUCAUGUAUUCUCUACACAGGCUGGCUCGACACUGCCCCGACAUCAUUACUAAAGACCCUGAGAAACUGAAAGACUUCCGGCUAAGGCUACAAUAUUUUGCCCGAGGAAUCCAAGGAUAUAUAAAAAAACUGAAGGAAGCCCUCCACGGAAAGACAGCCGAAGAGUUGAAAUCGGAAGAAAACAAGAUGAGAGUGAUCGCUCUGAAGAUGACUACCAACAUCAACACUUUGAUCAAAGAUUUGUUUCACUCUCCGCCGAGUUUCAAGAGCAAUGUCAGCUUAUCUUGGAAACCCCUGCAUUCAGUUAGUAAAGGUGGUGCCAACACAGUGACGGUCGGACAGAAGAGACACACUCCCAUCACGUUUGAAGAAGGCGACAACAAACACAGCAGGACGGACUCUAGGCCGAGGGAACUUUACCAGCCUCCCAGCGGCAAAUACAGCAAGAACGUCUCCAGUUACACUCCUUCACAGAACGUACGGCGAGGCGGAUACCGAGGCAGAGGGCGAGGUGGCAGGAAUUGGCGAGGCAACAACCGCUCAUGGCGAAGGGGCUACUAAAUCCCAACUAGUACUCCCACAAUAUUUGUACCCCUUGAAACCAUAGUCUUAUAUUUUACAUCUUAAUUUGAGCAAGAAGUCAUCAAAAGACUGAAUAGCACUCUCACAAUCGUUGUACCCCUCGAAAACUUAGAUGUCUUAUAUUUUGUAAAUUUUACUGACAUUUUAAUAAGAAUCAUAAUAUAUUAAAAUUUUGCAACACAUACCGUAUUGCACCACUUUGUAACGUUUGUAUUUGUGUUUUGUGUGUUCGGAAUGAUUAAAAUAAAUUUAUUUUCCUUAAUUGAUUUUUCCACUCUCCUUAAUCUAGAUAUAAUUGUUUUCAUUUUGAAAGUGGUUGAAUACGGGGAAAAUAAUUGUUUACUUAAAUUGGAAAAUUUAUCGGGUGUUUUAAGUAAACAAUUAUUUUUGCAAAUUAAUACAAUUCUUUGUUAUAGGUCUGAUAUGCUGACAGUAACUGCUGAAUUUAUUAUACAUUUUAUAGAUAUUUUCUGCCACAAUAACACAACGAUGAAAUUGGAAUUUCGUUUCAGAUUAGUGCUUCAAAAACAUUUUUUGAGCUAUGUCUCAGGUACAUGGUUCAUCUAGUUCUCAAACUGAGUUAAGUGAAUCUUCAUUUAUUUUGAUACAGUAACCUUAUUCAUACCGAUAAAUUAAUAUCCUUGUAUAAAGUACAAAAUAGAUCUACCAAAUAAGGAAAACAUUCAAAAGACUUUCAUAACUGGUUUUAGAAAAAGCCUAAAUUCAGUAAAGCCUAAAUAUUUCUCCGCUGUGAGGUAUUGGAAUUGUACAGUUAAAGAUAUAAAAAUAAUAAUUGUUUGAUAUAAUUUAUCUAGCAACUAGUUUUUAAUUAAUAACCAAUUAUUUUAAUUUUAGGAUGAUACUUUUUAUAUACCUGUUUUAAAAUGUAAGCCUUUUUAUUUUUUUAAAUUAUCCUAAAUAAAAAAAUAAAGCUUGAUUUAGGGUUUUUAACUUUCUUAAAAAGAAAAAACUAAGUAGGCAUAAACCCCUUAACAUUAACCCCUUAACUGGGUCAAGUGACUUAAAAAUACUUCAAUUUUAUACAAAUCAAUACAGAUGUUGUGCAAUGUAAACUAAUUUUGAGUUAUGUUUUAGAUUUUGAAACCAAAUUAUACUACAGUUUGAAGGAAAAUUGAACUCUCCACUCGCUGAAGACAAAUUUUAAAAUAAAAUAUUAAUCGCUAACAAGUUAAUCCCUCUAAAUUUGUAUUGAAAUAAAUACUUAUAUAUACUCCUAGGAUGGGAUCCAGGCAACGUGCUAUUUGUUAUUGGGCUAUUAAAGAUCCUCCCUAGACCCAGAGUGUCAAAUGUGAUACACUUUUAUCCUACUGUAAACAAUAAAAAUAUUACAAUAAAAAUAAUAAAAUAGCUUAUUCCCUAUAUGGGAAAUUCACUAAAAGCAAUAAUAAUAAAAUGUUUACUACCUACAUGUAUUCUUUGGAUUUUUUAUUAUUUAUCAACAUAAAAAUGCCCCUAACCUAACAAAAAAAAAAUCACUCUAGGUACUGGUCCGAGGAGGCAAAAAGAUUGCAAACUAAGAGUUAAAAAAAAAUAAAAGUUUUAAUGAUUCUAACAACAUUUUAUGCGUGGAAAAGAAUGCAAAAUAAUUUCUUUUACAUUUGAAAAUAUUUUUUAUGUCAUUUAAAUCGCCAAUAAACUCCAGUUUUAGGUCAAUUUAAAGUCCUUAGAUUAAUGUAUAUUUGCUAAUUUAAUCAAAUCACAGUAGAACCUUGAUAACAAGUCAAUAUUGAACGCAAGUGUUAUUUGCUAAUCAUUGGCUUCUUAUCAAGGUUUGCAAUAUCAUGUAAUUAAGAGUAGUAAAAUAUCAAGGGUUUUUUAAACUGACACUUGCUAUCAAAAGCUACUUGUUAUCGAGGUUCCACUGUAGUAAGCUUUGUUUCAGGACAAAACAAGUUGGAUUCCUCAUUGGGACAGGUCAACAAGUGGUCUACGUCAGCUGAAAGAAAUGUUUGAUUUGUAUCUAUUUGUAUUGUAUAUUUUGUGCUGCAUUGUUUUAUAAUGAAAACUUAAAAGAUCUGUUUUUUUCUUAAACAGGUUUUGAGAAAUUCUUAAACAUAAGUAGUUUUUCUUAUCAGUUUAGAUUUUGUGUUAAAUUUUCUUUGCCGUAAGAGUGCUUGGUAUUUCAGUUAAAACCAUUGAUUAACACGUUGAGUGCGGGAGGCAUUCAAAAAGGCGCUGGCCAAUGGCAGCGAGGCUCUGGUACGGAAUCGUAACAGCGAACGCAAUUGGCAUUAAAAUAUUUCAGUUUGACGAAUAACAAAAGAGCAGCGGUGAUUGUACUACGUUACCCCGAGAUUGAACGUAGUUCCCUGAAACACCCAAAGGGUAGCAGCACUGCCUGGAUCAGUAGUCAUUGGCUUUGUAAUAUGGCUUGAAGAGAGAAAAUCCCCGAAACCGGGACAAAAGCAUUGUCAGACGGGAUUUUACCGGAAAUUUUAUUACCGACCUACACCAAAAUAAAGCUCACAUUCUAAGCUACAGGCUAGCAACGAUUAUAACGUUCCCCGGCAAUGGUCGAGCUCGUACUGAACUAAUGUAGGGAUUGCGCAACUACAUAAAUUUAUGUAGGCGGAUAGGAGCAUCGAUGUAGUCAGCACUCAACGUGUAAAUAAUUUGUUUAACCAUUGGUUUGAAUAUUCAUUUGUUCACUUAUUAGAAACUAAAACUAAACUGCCAAAAUCUCAACUCAAGACUGUCCUAGUUUUAAAAUCACUAUAACUAAUUACCGAAUAGGUAAUUUUACAUCAUUAAGCUUUAUUUUAGUGAAUUUUGUCACAAUUCAACCUGCACAAGAUAUGCAAUUUAGUUUUAGUUCUCAAAUAAUUACCUUUUUCUGUUCCAGGCGCAAAUAAGGAGGGGAGUAAUUCUGUAUAAAAAUAAAGAAUAAAGUAGAAAGAUAUUUGAAAAAUCAUUUUACUAUUUAUAUUGCAGUUAAUUUUUUUAUGGUAAAACAGUAAAUAAAACUUAAAGUUGGAGAACGUCCAGAUAAUUAAUUUUGAGAUCUUUGGAAUUGAGUCGUAAAGGAUUUCCGAGUUAAAAUAUGCCUCACUGUUCAUUGGAAAAUAAAAAUUUUUUUGUCCAACUGCUAGUUUUUGCAAUAGCUCUGUAUCAUAGCUAAAUAGUGGGACACCGAUAAAUUUGCAAUUUUUAUCAUGAAAAUAGUAUAUUUCAUCGCUAGGAGCGAAAGUGGUUUUUUUGUAUGCAAUCUUUUUUACUUGUGUUUGAUUACCAAAAGUGUACAAAAUGGUAAAAUAAUAAAUUUUUGCUCCUGUGUGAUGAACGAUUAUUUUCAUCAUACUGUGGAAAUAACCUUCUAAUUGUUACAAAAUUUAACCACAUAAUUUGAGGUCAUACAAAGUCGUCUUUAAUGUUUACAUUUCAGUUUUUUACAAACAUAACUUAUAAUAUUGUGCGAUUAUCAACGUUUUCAUAACGUUAUUUAACAUUAUUUAUAAUGUGAAAUAACAAAAUUUUGAGAUUAGCGAAGCGUAAAAUUUACCAUAUGUUUCUUCUGUUACCUAUUUGAAGUUACCCGAAAACGAUGAUUUUGCAGACAAUUAUGAGAACUAAAAACAGCCUUUUUUUUGGACAAUAUGAUAAAAAAGAGUAAAAUUUUGUUUUCUUUUCACACAGACUUUCUACUUCAUUCUUUACUUGCAAUUUUCUAACUUUUUGUUUGUUUCAGUUUUUUAUUCUAACCCGCUUCCUCUAGCCAACAGGUAUUUUAGUUUAUAGUUUAACUUACUGAAAGUGGUAGAAUGAUAUCAUUAAUGUAAAACAUUGUGUACAUCUUUAGUAGUAUUCAAAAAAUAAAUAAAAUUUUCUAAG